CACGUGACCAGCAACCUGCAUACACACCCCACAAUGUACACCACGCAGAAAAUUGACACACGCGUAGAUGACCAGAAACUGUGCCUCGAGAGGAAUCCACUCUGCGUUAACACACGAUCGAUCAAAAUGUAGAGCAUGACUGGACAUCUUUGGACAUUGCGCCAUCUCCCAGUGGAGGCCAUAUUUGAUGCGGACGGUAAACAGAUGGACUUUAUCCCCAACAUUCGAGUCAUCCGAAGUCAGCGGAAGACCAUAAAGCUGAUGUUUAAAAAGUAUGCCUACUCUAAGAGCAACAAUCACGAAGCCACGACUUACUGGCACUGUCGUAGCCGUCGCAAUGGAAAUCCUGCAUGCAAAGCUCGGUUUUCAACCAAGAAGCUCAGGAACGGGCGCUAUAAAGUAUAUCUGACCCAGCCGGAGCACAAUCAUCCUCCGAAAAAGCGUCACCUAUAAUCAGAAUAAUUAUAUUUUAAGAUGAGAGAAAUAUAAAAGAGCCAUGAUUUGGCGAAAUGACUUGCACUGAC